GCAGGGGGCGCCAGUGUGCAGUGUUCUAGGAAAAACCUACAGUAACGAGUGUCUCCUUCAUAAAGAGGCCUGUCGUAAAAAACACCGCAUCGGCAAAGCUCACACCGGCACCUGCUCAGUAUCUGCAGCAGUGUGUUCAGAGCAGGAGUUUGAACAGUUUCCGUAUCGUUUACUCGACUGGUUUCUGCUUUUGAGCCGAAUGGGAGAAAAAUACACUUCAGCUCCGACUCAACAGUGUCUAACACACACUCACAGAGUGCAGCUCGCACAGGGGGGGUUUAUGGCGCUGGACCGGAAUCGGGACGGGAAGCUGAGCCGGACGGAUCUGAAGAAGCUUCACUAUAAAAAUCUCCCACUGGAGCACUGCGCCCCCCCAUUCUUCCAGUCAUGUGACAGAAACAAGAGUAAGAAGGUGAGUCUGAGGGAGUGGACAUCCUGUCUGGUGAAUCGUUCAGAGAGAUGGUUCCAGAACUUCAUGUCGGUGAAAAUGGGAUCUCCUAAACUCUGUCCGUCUCCAGCUCUCCCUGCAGAUCUGUAAUAAUGAGAUGUUCCGCUUGGGCUCCAAAGCACAGUAAACUCUGUUAAUAUUAAUGUAAAGAUUAGGUUCUGGAAGCCUUUAGAACCCGUCCUGAUCUGAACCUGCAGAACCUGAAGUCAGUCUGACUGCAGGAGGUUCUCUGAUCUGCUGGUUCUGGGAGGAAGUUCUGAAGCUCGUCACAAAAGG